AUGGUAUUCACGCUUGAUACAGCCACGGAAGCAGAUGCUCCUCGCAUCGCCGAUAUUCACAUGGCGGCAUUUCACACCAAUGGCAUGCUGCUGGCCCAGUUUCCCACGCCGGCCGUGCGAAAGGGGCUAUGGACGUCGCUAGUCGACAAAGUCAUCAAAGAGAUUCGGGAUCCGCAAUGGGAGGUACUAGUGGUUAGAGAGGAUGAUGAUCGAGUUGUCAGCUUUGCCAAAUGGUGCCGUCCUGUUUCUGAGUCGGCGGUAUAUGAGGAAGAGCCAUGGGUAUGGCCUGAAGGCACCAAUAUGGCUAUCUUGAACGCUUGGACAGAGAAGGUUGAGCAGGCAGCAGACAAAAUAAUGGGAAAGACGCCAUGCUAUCGCCUUAGCUUUAUUGCGACUGACCCAUCUUAUGCCCUGCGUGGAGCAGGGUCCCUGUUGGUCAAUUGGGGAAUUGAACGCAGCAAGAAAGAGAAUCUUCCUAUUGCCUUGGAAAGUACACUAGACGCUGUACCAUUCUACCAAAGCUUUGGAUUUCAAGCAGAGGCGCGUAUCUCCAUGCCACUGGAAGGCGUCGGAAAGGAUGGUGAAACAAUCCUGUACGAGGAAGAAUGUCUUGUAUAUAGACCUAAGACUAGACUAUAA